AUGGGUGUCAAUCGAGCCCCUGAGGACUUGAAAGUUUCAUGGAAGUGGAGAUCAGAAAUGCAGUUUUUGCAGAAUCUAGCUGAUAAUCGAGAGUAUAAGCAAAUGUUGGCGCAAGUGAACUUCUAUAUGGAUCAGCAUACGGUCGGGCAUGGAUUUAUCCUCUCAGAUCUUGAGCUUGUCGCCGUCAAACGUUUGGAUGGAUAUGGCCGUCUAGCUGUUGCCACGCCUGUACUAUGGAGAAGUGGAGGUGUUGGAAGCCUCUCAGUACUACUAGGACUAUGGUAUCUUGGAAAGUUGGCGGCAGAAGAUAAUCACUGGGCUUUGAAUUAA